UCUAGAGAUAUCAAUCUCAUUUUUCCUAGAAGUAACCCUUCUUAAUACUCUUUUAUUUCUUUGAAUUUUCUUCUCUUCUUCUCUUAUUUUAACAUGUCACCCAUAGAGGAACAUACAAAGAAUGCUUUACUUGAGAGCUUCUGCACUAGUACUCAUCCUGACCCCCUUAACUGGGGUGUGGCCGCUGAGUCCCUCAAGGGAAGUCAUUUCGAUGAGGUGAAGCGCAUGAUGGAGGAGUAUCGGAUGCCUGUCGUGAAGCUUGGAGGAGAGACUCUCACAAUUUCCCAAGUGGCUGCCAUUGCUACUCGGGACUCUGAUGUCUUGGUGGAGCUGGCUGAGUCUACAAGAGCGGGCGUCAAAGCAAGUAGUGAUUGGGUGUUGGAGAGUAUAAACAAAGGGAUAGAUAUUUACGGUAUCACAACUGGAUUUGGUGCCACGUCUCAUAGAAGAACCAAACAAGGUGGAGCUCUCCAGAAGGAGUUGAUUCGUUUCUUGAAUGUUGGGAUUCUUGGAAGCGGGGUUGAGUCAAACAACACUUUGCCUCUCUCUGCGACGAGGGCUACUAUGUUAGUGAGAAUCAACACUCUGCUUCAAGGCUACUCGGGAAUUAGAUUUGAGAUUUUGGAAGCUAUUACCAAACUAUUGAACCACAACAUCACUCCGUGCUUGCCUCUUCGUGGAACACUUACUGCUUCUGGAGAUCUGGUUCCUCUUUCUUAUAUUGCUGGAUUACUCACUGGUCGACCAAACUCUAAAGCCGUUGGACCAAAUGGAGAAAUUCUUGAUGCAAAGGAUGCUUUCAAACAAGUUGGUAUUUCUACUGGCUUUUUUGAGUUCCAGCCCAAGGAGUGUUUUGCUCUUGUCAAUAGUACCGCAGUUGGUUCUGGGUUGGCUUCUAUUGUUCUCUUUGAGGCAAAUAUUUUAGUUGUUUUGUCUGAGAUCUUGUCUGCCAUUUUUGCUGACGUUAUGCAAGGUAAGCCUGAAUUUACUGAUCAUUUGACCCAUAAGUUGAAGCACCAUCCUGGUCAAAUUGAGGCAGCAGCAAUUAUGGAACAUAUUUUAGAUGGAAGCUCUUACAUGAACACAGCUAAGAAACUGCAUGAAAUUGAUCCACUCCAAAAGCCAAAGCAAGAUCGUUAUGCUCUUAGAACUUCACCUCAAUGGCUUGGUCCAUUAAUUGAGGUCAUUCGAUUUUCUACCAAGUCCAUCGAGCGAGAGAUUAAUUCAGUCAAUGAUAACCCUUUGAUUGAUGUUUCAAGGAACAAAGCUUUACAUGGAGGUAACUUUCAAGGAACUCCAAUUGGAGUCUCUAUGGACAACACUCGUUUGGCCAUAGCUUCGAUUGGUAAGCUCAUUUUCGCUCAAUUUUCAGAGUUGGUCAAUGACUUUUACAACAAUGGUUUGCCUUCAAAUCUCUCUGCGAGUAGAAACCCAAGUUUGGAUUAUGGAUUCAAAGGUGCGGAAAUUGCCAUGGCUUCUUAUUGCUCCGAGCUUCAAUAUUUGGCAAACCCAGUUACUACUCAUGUCCAAAGUGCAGAACAACAUAAUCAAGAUGUCAACUCUCUUGGUUUAAUAUCGUCAAGGAAAACAGCUGAGGCAAUUGAUAUUUUGAAGCUCAUGUCUUCUACAUUUUUAGUUGCACUUUGCCAAGCAAUUGACUUGAGGCAUUUGGAAGAAAACUUGAAAAACACGGUAAAAAACACAGUAAGUCAAGUGGCCAAGAAAAUCCUCGCCUCAAAUGCUAAUGGAGCGCUUCACUCAUCAAAAUCUUGUGAGAAUUGUGAGAAAGAUUUACUCAAAGUUGUUGACAGAGAAUAUACAUUUGCUUACAUUGAUGAUCCAUGCAGUGCCACUUAUCCGUUAAUGCAAAAGUUAAGACAAGCUCUUGUGGAACAUGCACUCUCAAAUGGAGAAAAUGAGAAGAACACAAGUAGUUCAAUAUUUCAAAAGAUUGGAGUUUUCGAGGAGGAAUUGAAAACUAUUUUGCCUAAGGAAGUAGAAAACACAAGGCUAGCUUAUGAAAAUGGAAAAUCUACGGUUCAAAACCAGAUUAAAGAAUGCAGAUCAUAUCCAUUAUACAGGUUUGUAAGAUCAGAAUUAGGAAUUGGGUUGCUUACAGGUGAAAAAGUAAUAUCUCCCGGAGAAGUAUGUGAGAAAGUGUUCACAGCUUUAUGCCAAGGAAAGAUGAUUGAACCAAUUUUAGAAUGUUUAAAAGAGUGGAAUGGUGCUCCGAUCCCCAUUUGCUGAAGAUUUGGAACUCUGAAUUCAAUUGCCGUACUCUGAUAUGUUUUUCGUUUUUCGUUUUCCUUAUUGUAAUUUCAGGUUUUGGUAUUUAGUUUCUUUCAUAUCUUAUAGUUUUCUUCCAUUUCUUUUUAUGUAAUUUUACUUGAACGGUAUGAUGAGCUCAUGAUGAGUCGGAAUGAUUUCCUAUGUUUUAUCCUCUACAUAUUUAG